UACCUUUGUACCUCACAGCAGGUCAGGGUUAUUGGUGACUUGCUGUGUGGGUCUGGAACUGGCUGCCAUCCUGACACGUCUCAGAGCUGCAAGCAGGUUUGAAUCCAGGAUCCUUGUGGCCCUGCUCCCUGAUUCCUACCCCGCUCCUCUGAUUCUUCAUUCUGUUCCCUUGGGGACCUUCCCACAGAUUACCAUGUCUCAUAGAAUUCUUGCUGCCCCUGAGGACCCCUGUGUUAGUCAAAGGAUUUUUACUAUCUGACUACAGGGUAAUAGUCCACUUUUGAUAGUCCCUUACGUGGAGACUCAACUCUCCACUGUUUUCCUGGCAGGCAAGAAAUACUGGGAAGGAUGGACCCCGGGGCAUUAUCACUUGAGGGUACAGGUUAGGGAUCAGGGCUGAGGUGGGCAGAUGGUGUCAGUCACCAAAUACGAGGCCUUGAUGUCUGCCCUGCCUUCUGUAGGUCCUGCUAGACAGCCACCAUGGCCUCUCAGGUUCUCGGGCUGGAAGAAGAGUCUGGCCCAAACCCUGGGGAUUCUGAACUGGCUGUGAACCCCUUUGACGGGCUCCCCUUCUCUUCCCGCUACUACGAGCUGCUUGAGCAGCGCCGAUCCUUGCCUAUCUGGGCUGCUCGCUUUAUCUUCUUGGAGCAGUUGGAGAGUAGCCCCAGUGGAGUGGUGCUGGUGUCUGGAGAGCCUGGCUCUGGCAAGAGCACCCAGAUCCCACAGUGGUGUGCAGAGUUUGUGCUGGCCAGGGGUUUCCAGAAGGGCCGGGUAACUGUGACUCAGCCCUACCCUCUGGCAGCCCUGAGCUUGGCCCUGCAAGUUGCUGAUGAAAUGGACCUGACCCUGGGUCAUGAGGUUGGAUACAGCAUCCCCCAAGAGGACUGCACUGGGCCUGACACCCUGCUCAGGUUCUGCUGGGACAGGCUGCUUCUGCAGGAGGUGGCCUCGACCCGGGGCACUGGAGCGUGGGGUGUGCUGGUGCUGGAUGAGGCUCAGGAGCGGUCAGUGGCCUCAGAUUUGCUCCAGGGGCUCCUGCGAGAUGCCAGGCUGGGAAACCUUCCAGGUGACCCCAGAGUGGUUGUAGUUACUGAUCCAGCCCUCGAACCUAAGCUCCAGGCCUUCUGGGGCAAUCCUCCUGUUGUACAUGUACUUGGAGAGACUGGCAGGUGUUCCACUCCCGUCUACAGGGACACUGUCCCUACUGAUAGAGUGGAAGCUGCCUGCCAAGCUGUGCUUGAAUUGUGUCGGAAGGAGGCUCCAGGAGAUGUGCUAGUGUACCUGCCCAGUGAGGAGGAAAUUUCCCUGUGCUGUGAGUCCUUGUCCAGGGAUGGGGGGUCCUUGGAGAACCAAGGGCCUCCACCACGGGUGCUGCCCCUUCACCCAGGCUGCGGACAAGCUGUUCAGGCUGUGUAUGAGGACAUAGAAUCGGGUGCCCGAAAGGUUGUGGUCACUCACUGGCUGGCCGACUUCUCCUUCUCCCUCCCUUCCAUCCGACAUGUCAUUGACUCAGGACUGGAGCUUCGAAGUGUUUACAGUCCUCAGAUCCGAGCAGAAUCCCAAGUGUUGAGACCAAUCAGCAAGUGUCAGGCAGAGGCAAGACGACUGCGGGCAACAGGGAUCCUACCAGGAUCCUGCCUCUGCCUGUAUCCUAAGUCCUUCCUAGAACUAGAGGCUCCCCCGCUGCCCCAACCCAGGGUGUGUGAGGAGAAUCUGAGCCCCCUGAUAUUACUACUAAAGAGGAGACAAAUUGCAGAGCCAGGGGAGUGUCACUACCUGGACCGGCCUGCUCCAGAAGCACUGAUGCAGGCCCUGGAAGAUUUAGACUAUCUGGCAGCCCUGGAUGAUAAUGGGGACCUAUCAGACCUGGGAGUCAUCCUAUCAGAAUUUCCCCUGGCCCCUGAUCUGGCCAAAGCCCUGCUGGCCUCGUGCGAGUUUGACUGUGUGGAUGAGAUGCUCACCCUGGCCGCCAUGCUCACUGCUGCCCCUGGGUUUACUCGUCCUCCACUCUGUGCAGAAGAAGCUGCCCUGCGUCGGGCACUAGAACACGUGGAUGGUGAUCACAGCUCUCUGAUCCAGGUGUAUGAAGCCUUUAUACAGAGUGGAGCAGACAAGGGUUGGUGCCAGGCUCGGGGUCUAAACUGGGCAGCAUUGUGCCAAGCCCAUAAACUUCGGGGAGAACUCCUAGAACUCAUGCAACGGAUUGAACUUCCCCUGUCUCAACCAGCCUUUGGCUCUGAGCAGAAUCGCAGAGCCCUUCAGAAAGCACUGGUGUCAGGAUACUUCCUUAAGGUGGCCCGAGACACAGAUGGAACUGGAAAUUACCUGCUCCUAACCCAUAAGCAUGUGGCCCAGCUCUCCCCAUACUGCUGCUACAGAAGCCGCAGGGCUCCUGCCAGACCCCCGCCCUGGGUGCUUUACCACAAUUUCUCCAUUUCCAAAGACAACUGCCUUUCCAUUGUUUCUGAGAUUCAACCACAGAUGCUGGUGGAAUUGGCCCCUCCAUACUUCCUGAGUAACUUGCCCCCUAGUGAGAGCAAAGACUUCCUGAACCAGCUGAGGGAAGAAAUGGCAGAUUCUUCAACAGGGAGUGAAUCCUCCUCCACCCAAGAGCUUGGAGAUGCCUGUGUCCUGCAGUGACCUGCCUGCGGAGUGAAGCUGAGCUCAUCUCAUUACAUUAGAUCUUCCUUCAGGCUAGCACCUAGGCAGCCAGCCAGAUUUAGAAGCCCAAAGUUAAGGAUCAAAUACUGGAACCUGAGUUCCAAGAAAUGGUGGGCUGGGAGUGGAGCGAAUCAGUCUAAACAGAG